UAAUUGUAUCAGGCAAUGAAUCGGGAAUAUACUGUUAGUGACUUCAGGACAGUGGUAGAUACCUUGACCGCACUUGUGCCAGGGAUGCAGAUUGCAACUGAUAUAAUUUGUGGAUUCCCUGGUGAAACGGAUAAAGACUUUGCGCAAACUGUUAGCCUCAUUAAGGAGUACAAGUUCUCCCAAGUUCACAUUUCACAGUUCUAUCCUAGGCCAGGGACACCUGCAGCAAGGAUGAAAAAGGUGCCAAGUAAUAUAGUGAAGAAUCGAAGUCGUGAAUUGACAUCUGUUUUUGAAGCUUUCACACCCUAUAAUGGAAUGGAGAGUAGAGUGGAAAGAAUAUGGAUUACUGACAUUGCAGCUGAUGGAAUACACCUGGUUGGCCAUACCAAGGGAUAUAUCCAGGUCCUUGUAGUUGCUGCAGAAAGUAUGCUUGGUGCUUCAGCUAUUGUGAAGAUAACAUCUGUAGGAAGGUGGUCAGUUUUUGGAGAAGUGAUUGAGACUCUCAGCCAAAUAGACGAGAAAGCAGCUUCUAACAGGAGAAUAUCUAGUCAGGUCAGAUGGGAUCCGUGCUCCAACCAAGAUGACUCAUGUGCAUGCUCAAAUGAUCCACAUUGUGGUACUUGUGGACCAGAAAGCUGUGGAGGUGAGAUAGCCUUGGAGGAAAGUAGAGUUUCCAGGAUUGACAAAUUGCUGGAAGACCGUAGCAGCAGAAAUCUGAUGGGAUGGUUACUAAGGAAGCGUAAGAACCAUGUGCACAAGGUGGAAAAUGAUAUCGCAUUAGGAUCCAUGAAAAAGCAAGAAUGUGUUGGAGGAAGCAUUGGUGGUUGGGAUGUCAUCGACAAGGCUCUUCUCGGAGGAAUGCUUUUCAGCUUCUUGACAAUUGUAGCCGUGAUCAUACAUCUUGGAUAUAGGACUCCCCCAUCCAAAUGAAGCUUUUAUUGUAUUGGGUUUUGCAAUAUUUUGGUAUUGAGAUAUUUUACUGAAGAUUGCUAUAGAUUGAUCGCUGAGAAUGCAACCAAUUUUGUUUACCAAACAAUUUUAACUGAUUUCACUAUUACAACAGUUGCUAAAUUUCAAGUAAUCAUAAUGUACUCAUUUUUUUUCC